AUGAGUAGUCUCGAAACCGCUUUGUUUGCAACCUUUUGGAACGACAUCUUGGAGCGAUUCAACGCUACAAACAAGAUGUUGCAAGACCCGAAAAUGAUUCUUGAAUCGGCAACGCGUACACUAGAAUCACUGAAAUUAUACGUGGAAUCCAAAAGAAACGAUUUUGAUAAAUAUGAAGAAGCAGCCAAAAAAAUAUCUCAUACCGAUCAAUACAUACAAUCACGCACCAGAACGAGAAAUGUGAGGUUGAAUCCGCUCGAUUACGGGAAAGCACAAGACGCAAACCUGUCACCCAAGGAGAAAUACAAAGUAUCUGCCUUCAUACCAGUAAUUGACCAGCUAUGUGUUUCUCUUACUGAAAGAUUGUAUGCCUAUGAAGCUGUACGUUCGAGAUUUGGAUUUCUUAAUCACAUUGAGAAGAUGGAUGUUGAAAAUUUAUACGCUGAAGCAGAGGCAUAG